AUGAACAAAUCUAUUUUCUUUAAAAUAAUCAUAUUUUUCUCUUUAUUCAGUUUUUCAAAUUGCAUAAUAACAGAUUAUGUAUUUUCUAUUGGCCAUAAUUUAAACUCCCCAGUUGAUAUUCCUCGUGCUGCCGUUCCUACUUUCGACAAUCCAUUGAAUGAAAAUAUUGGUCAUCUCCCAUCAAGUGUAUAUAAUAUUACACUUUCCACAUUUUAUUUAAAUAACAUUGUGUCUCUCUCAACAAACAAUCAAUUUGGUGCCUUGUUCCAUUAUAAUAAUUUAAAUGCUUUAUUUACCAAAAUGAAUAACAUAACCAAAGUAAAUCUAAAUAAAGCCUAUAAUGAUAUCAAUGCUAUUGGAAAGUUUUCAACUUUAAAUCAAAUAACUAUCAUUCAAAUUAGAGAAUAUUGGCUAAAUGCCCAAUCAAAUUAUCAUAUUCUCCAAAAUACUAUAACCUCAUUAAUCAUUUCUAUUCAACAAACAAAAAAUAAUUUGCUCGUAAACUCUCCAAAUUCUAAUUUAUAUAAUAUUGUAUUAAAUAAUUACGAGAUCUCUAUUAAUGGAUUAAUACAACUAAAUUCAACAUUUCAAAAUAUUAAAACUACUCUUGAUAUUACUUAUUCAGCCUUUAGUUUAAUACUACAACAAAACCUAGAGUAUAAUCAAAGUCCUUUCAAUGAAGCAUAUUACAUAACAAAAUUAAAUGAAGGAUUAAAGGAAUUAUUGAAAAGUUUCAACAGUUUUUAUCUUCAAUCAUUUUUAUUGUGUAGAUUAAUAUAA